UAAUAAUGUUAUAGAUCAAAGAUUAAUAAUUAAAAAAAAAAAAUAUUUUUUUUUUAUGAAAAUUAUGAGGGGGCGCUGGUUAAACUGACUCACACAAAAAAAUAAAAAAUAAAAAAAACACCUACACAUAUUUGUGUGUGCAACUCAAUUUUUUUAACUCUUUUUUUUUUCUUGAUAUCUUGUUCAAGGUUUUGUGUGACACCGUGGCAAUAAUAAUUCAAUUUUUAAUAAUUAAUUAAUUAAUUAAUUGUGUCAUCAUCGUCAUCAAGCUGUCAAUUGGAAUACUUAUCAUCAAGAUAAUUAAAUCUUGAAUUAAUUAAAAGUCAUAUUAAAGCACAAUUAUGAAUGCCUCAGAGUCUGGGUUUAACCCAGCCUUUAAUAUGGCCUCCAUAAAGCAGGCAUUUAAUGAAGCUGUUGAACGAGUAUCAACAGUGAGAAUGCCAGCUCCAACAAGAUUACGUGAUGUUAUUCGACAAAUACGUGCUGCAAGAACAGCACAUGAGGAACGUACUGUUGUCAAUAAAGAAUGUGCCUAUAUAAGGUCAACAUUUAGAGAAGAAGACAGUGUAUGGAGAUGCAGAAAUAUUGCAAAAUUAUUAUACAUUCAUAUGCUUGGUUAUCCAGCUCAUUUUGGUCAACUUGAAUGUUUAAAGCUAAUAGCAUCACCAAGAUUUACUGAUAAACGUAUUGGUUAUCUUGGUGCAAUGUUGUUACUUGAUGAACGACAAGAUGUACAUUUAUUAAUAACAAAUUGUUUAAAAAAUGAUUUAAAUAGUUCAACACAAUUUGUAAUUGGUCUUGCAUUAUGUACACUUGGUGCAAUAGCAUCACCAGGUAUGGCACGUGAUUUAGCUGCUGAAGUUGAAAGAUUAAUGAAAUCACCAAAUGCAUAUAUUAGAAAAAAAGCAGCAUUAUGUGCAUUUCGUAUUAUAAAACGUGUACCAGAAUUAAUGGAAAUGUUUUUACCAGCAACAAGAAGUUUAUUAACUGAAAAAAAUCAUGGUGUAUUAAUAACUGGUGUAACAUUAAUAACUGAAAUGUGUGAAAAUAGUGUUGAUACAUUAAAUCAUUUUAAAAAAAUUGUACCAAAUUUGGUACGUAUAUUAAAAAAUUUAAUAUUAGCUGGUUAUUCACCAGAGCAUGAUGUAUCUGGUGUAUCUGAUCCAUUUUUACAAGUUAAAAUAUUACGUUUAUUACGUAUACUUGGUAAAAAUGAUAUUGAAUCAUCAGAAGCAAUGAAUGAUAUAUUAGCACAAGUUGCAACAAAUACUGAAACAAGUAAAAAUGUUGGUAAUACAAUAUUAUAUGAAACAGUAUUAUCAAUAAUGGAUAUUAAAUCAGAAAGUGGUUUACGUGUAUUAGCAAUAAAUAUACUUGGACGUUUUUUAUUAAAUAAUGAUAAAAAUAUACGUUAUGUUGCACUUAAUACAUUACUUAAAACAGUAUUUAUUGAUACAAGUGCUGUACAAAGACAUCGUUCAACAAUAUUAGAAUGUUUAAAAGAUCCAGAUGUAUCAAUACGUAGACGUGCUAUGGAAUUAAGUUUUUCAUUAAUAAAUACAAGUAAUAUACGUAAUAUGAUUAAAGAAUUAUUAUUAUUUUUAGAAAAAGCUGAUCCUGAAUUUAAAGCACAAUGUAGCUCAAAUAUUGUUAUGUCUGCUGAAAGAUAUUCACCAACAAAACGUUGGCAUUUAGAAACAUUAUUUAAAGUACUUGUUGCUGCUGGUAAUUAUGUUAGAGAUGAUGUUGUUGCAUGUACAAUACAACUUAUAUCAGAAACACAAGCACAACAAUCAUAUGCUGUUUAUGCAUUAUGGCAAGCACUUGAAAAUGAUACAUUUGAUAAACAACCAUUAACACAAGUUGCAACAUGGUGUAUUGGUGAAUAUGGUGAUUUAUUAUUAUAUGGUACACCACCAGAUGACAUUGAUAAAAGACCAAUUAAUUUAACUGAAGAUGAUGUUAUUGAUGUUUAUCAAAAAUUAUUAUGGAGUACACAAAAUACUAUUGUUACUAAACAAUAUACUUUGCUAUCAUUAACCAAAUUAAGUACAAGAUUUCAACAAGGCAAUGAUUCAUCAAAUUUUUACAGAAAAAUACGUCAAAUAAUUGAUACAUUUGGAAGUAAUUUAAAUAUUGAAUUACAACAACGUGGAACUGAAUUUUCACAAUUAUUUCGUAAAUAUGAUAAUUUAAGAUCAGCAUUAUUAGAAAGAAUGCCACCAAUGGAAACAGCUAAACCACAAGCAAAUGGUAUUAUUGGAAUGAUAAAUGGUGAUCAAGAUAAUAACAUUGAAGAUGAUAAACAACCACAAAUUGAAUCACAACCACAACAACAACAAUUACCAAAUACAAAUGCAUUAUUAGAUUUACUUGGUACAACUGAUUUAAAUACAUCAACAACAUCUACAAUAAUAAAUAAUAAUAGUAAUAUUAUAAAUACAUCAAAUAGUAAUGAUUUACUUGAUUUAUUGGGUGGUCUUGAUCUUGGUAUAACAAAUGAUAAUAAUAAUACUGGACAAAUUCAAACACCACAAUUAUUUCAAUCAACUGGUAAUAAUCAAUUGGAUGGUUUGUUAAAUACAAAUAUUAUUAAAAAUGAAUCAAUAAAUAAUAUGACUGUACUUGACAAGUCUGGAUUAAAAAUAACAUUUAGACUUGAAAAACCAGCUGAAACACCAAAUACAUUGGAAGUCAAUAUGUUGGCAGUUAAUUUAAAUGAUAUAACAUUAACUGAUUUUUUAUUUCAAGCUGCUGUUCCAAGAAUAUUUCAAUUACAAGUAUUGCCACCUUCGAGCAAUAUUAUAUUACCAUCUGGACAAGUAACACAAGUACUAAAAGUAUCAAAUUUAUCAAAUAUAUCUGCAUUAAGAAUGCGUUUACGUAUAUCAUAUAAUGGUGAUUCUGGUCCAGUUCUUGAACAAACUGAAGUUAAUAAUUUUCCAAAUAUUGACUCUCAGUGACACAAUUAUUAAUAUACAAUAAUCAUUGAAAAUUUAAAUAUUAAUAUUGUAUAUAAUAUCUAAUAUCUAUACAAUUAUUUGGCCUGUUUACAAAUAAUCAUAUAUAAAAAAGAAAAAAACAAAGGUAAAUCAGAAUUUAUUUGUUAAUGAAGAAAAAAAAAAAGAAUAUUUCAUGUUUGUCAUUUCGAAUGGUGUGUGGAAUUAAUUUUUUUUUUUUUUUAAAUUAAAUUAUCAGAUUAAUAAUAAUCAUGUUGCAGGAUAUAUAUAUAUUUUUUUUCCCCUCUUUUUCUAUUGUGCUUGUAAUUAUUAACAAAAAUAAAAAAAACAAAAAAACUGUAUAUAAUAAUAGAUAGUUUCUUUCAACUAUAAAAACGAAAAAAAAAAAAAAAAAAUUCAAUAAAAACACACACAAGUCAAUUUUAUGUAUUUUAUAAUUAAAAAAAAAAUUAUUAUUUUUAAAAAUUGCAUUAUUUUACUUGUUAGUAAAAUCAAAAUUACAAAAAAAAAAAAAAUUUUUUUUUCCAUUUUUCUAUUAUUUCCAAAAACAAACAAAAUAAAAAUCUAUUUUUCGAUUUUUUUUUUUUUUAUAAUCUGACACUGGAGAACUGAUAAUACAUGUAUAUUUUUUUUUUCUUUUUUUAAAUUUAAGCAAACGUACUUAAUUAACAAUUCAUGAUGGAAAAAAGAAAUGAAAAAAAAAAAAAAAAAAUUCCGUCCAUGAUCGACGUGAGCAUUAAGCUCCUCAAUCCUCGAGUUGCUUUUAUCUAUUAUUUUUAUUUUUUAAUAAUUACCAUAGUUAUUAUUAUUAUUAUAUUUUUAAUUAAACAGUCAUAAUGAAGCAAGUGUCGACCAUGCAAAAAGAAAAAUAGUAACCAAAUUCAGAGAAAAUAAUAAUUUAAAAAAUUAUUACUAAAAAUUUUUUCGAUACACACAUAU